AUGGAAUUAAUGCGUUCACGUGAUAUUUGCACUGCGGCAUACUACGAUGAUGUAGAGCGCAUUAAGCAAAUUGUACAUGCUUCUAUUCAAGGCGGCGAUGAGGAAGAGGAAGAGGAGCAAGACCUCGGUGCUGAAAGUGAUGAAGAAGAAAUGGAGGAAGAACGUGAUUUCCUUCGACGUUUGGAAAAGUUGGAAAAACGACGGGAGAUGAUCGCAGCUCUGCUUAGUACCACAGGACUGUUAAAAACCCUUGAAACGGGUGAGCAGUACGGGUUUCUCUUUCGUGUGGAAGAACAGGAGAAGGAUGGUAGUCUUCAACCACAUUUCAAAGUGAGCCGACGUAGUCAGUAUGCGGCAGCUCCACUUCAUUGGGCCGUUCUUGGUCGCUCACAUCAUGCAGUGGAGUACCUCGUUAGAAAUGGUGUCGAUAUACUACAAGAGGUUCCUGGUUUUCCAAAAGUUACUGCCGAUUUUAUUUGUCAGUCUAAUAGGUCUUUAGAAACGGCAAGACAGUUAGAGAAGGCUGUUGAGGUGCGUCAACAACGUUUGCAGAAUGAGAAGAAGAAGAAAUUGCAGGUGUUGGAGUCUCUUGAGAAUAAGAAGCGGGAACGUGAGCGACAGGCCGCAUUAGAGGCGCGGGGAGAAGAAGAAGAAGAAGGUGAAGACGCAGAUGGAGAAAAGAUGAAAGGUGGGAAUGGUGAUAUCAAUUCUGCUCAUGAGGAUGAAGCUGACGACGGUGUGGAUGAGGAAAAUCCAGAAUAUGAUGGUGAUGGUGAUGGUGAUGGUGAUGAUGGUUAG